AAAUACCGCCCCCAAGUUUGGCUCACCCGUAGAGCGUGUGCUGCGCAUGUCAUAAAGUCUGUUUGCGAGAUUUAACACGCAGUUUGUCACCCCUGACAAAGCGUGGCAAAGCAAGAAGGGGCUUUCACAUCGUUCAUUUCCUCAAGCAAUUGUGGGAAACAGAAUAAAAACCUGAUGGAGGUGGGGGUCAUGCACUCAGUUUUGAUGGGUUCGGCCUUUAAACGUGUCAUAACAGUAGACCCGCUGGAAAGAAUUGAAACCGUUAUUUGGUAGAUGUAGCUGUAUACUUCGUCGGUAUACUUACCGAUAUGUGGCACAGUGGAUACAGUGAAUGGAUGAAUAACGGGUAAAGGAAAGCUUGCAAGCGAAAUUGUAAGAACUCACUGUGCAUAGUUUAGGUAGAAUUUUACGUGGAGUAUUGCCAAAGAGAACAAGCAAAAAUAGAAAUGGAAAACCUUGAAAUUUUACCCGAAAAUAUUAAAAUAGAAACGGUCGAUGAACUAGAAGACCCUGCAGAUGAGUGUACAUUUAACAGUGCCGUUGAGGAGCUAGUGGUCCCAGAAGCUGUAUUUAUAAAAGCAGAGAAACCUGAGGAGUCUUUGACGGAUGAAGAGGAAGGCAGUGAGUCGUGCUCCAUAUCGAGAGAUGUGAAGGAAGAGGAUCAUGAAGAGAUAGAAGUCAAGCCACCAGUUGCUGUGUUUCUGGAUGCCCAUGAUGAGGAUUCGAACGAAGACGUUGAGCAGGAUCAGGGGGACCCUUUGGCUUUGUACAAUGAAAAGUGGGGAACAGAGUUGGGGCAGAUCAAUAAACGUUUUCAUGAAUGUUCUGUCUGUCAUAAGCCCUUCACUCAUAAGAGUCAUUUAGAAAGGCACAUGCGGGUUCACACUGGGGAACGACCUCAUGAAUGCGCAAUCUGCCACAAGAGCUUUUCACAGAAAAGUGCUUUAUAUAGGCACACUCGUCUUCAUACUGGGGAACGCCCCCAUGUGUGCUCUGUCUGCAAGAAGACCUUUAAUGAGAAAGGUAAUUUAGAAUCGCACAUGCGUGUACACACCGGAGAACGCCAUAAAAAGUGCUCAGUCUGCCAAAUGGAGUUCCCAGACAGAAGUUAUUUACUUUUUCACAUGCAGAUCCACACUGGUGAACGCUUUCAUGAAUGCUCAGUCUGUGAAAAAAGCUUCACACAGAAAAGUUCUUUAGAGAGGCACAUGCAGAUUCACAUUGGAGAAAGUGCUCAUGAAUGUGCUGUCUGCCAGAAGAGCUUCCCUGAUAGACGUACUUUAGAUACCCACAUGCAGAUCCACAUUGGUGAAAGUUCUCAUCAAUGCCCCGUUUGCCACAAGAGCUUUUCAGGCAGAGGUUAUGCACUUUCGCACAUGCGAGUGCACACCAGAGAACGCCUUCAUGCUUGCUCUGUGUGUGAAAAGCGUUUCACAGAGAGGGGUUCUCUUGUUAAACAUAUGCGAAUCCAUACCGGGGAACGCCCUUAUGAAUGUUCUGUCUGCCUGAGGCGCUUCUCAGAGAGUGGUACUUUAGCUACACAUAAGCGGAUCCACAGUGGUGAACGCCCUCAUCAAUGUUCGGUCUGCCAGAAGAGAUUCACACAUAGAAAUUCUUUAGUUUUCCACAUGAAGAACCGCACUUGUGAACGCUCUCAGGAAUGAGCCAAAGGAUAUUCACACAGCAGUGUUUUAGAUAUGCACAUGCAUAUGCACGAAUGUUGUAUUUAUUUAUUUAUGGCGGCAGCUGAAAGUGAUAUACUGAUAUCAAGUUACAUCUGUGAGUGAAUCACACCAUACACGUUUACAUUCGAAUUUAAUAUCAACUUUAUCACAAUUGGUGAUCUGCUUCAUCCAGUUGAAGAAUGGUUUCCUCUUCAUCAGAAGUUAAUAUGGUCCUGCCUCUCCUUGAAGGAGUCAACUGUCCUGGCUGAAACUUAGUCAUGUGGGAGUCAGGUUCAACUGUUGGCCACCCUGUUGAUGAGGAAGUGCAUUUGAGUACUAGUCUUUGCAUUAUUCAUCUGAAGCUUGUGAUGAUGUCCUUGAAGUCUACUGACAGUGGCCCUGAUGAAGAUUGCAUUGAAGUUUUGGAUCUUAUAUUGGAUAUUCAGGACCCUAAAUGUUUCAACUGUACUGUUCCCAUCUCUUCUUUGUUGUAGUGUGGGGGAAGCAGGUUGUUUUACAAAUCUUAUGACGUGGGAGAAUGUGAAUGACAUUGUUCCUUUGCCCAAUCACAUAAAACGUCAUUAGGUAGCCUCACCCUAAUCAAUAGGGGUGAACAACUUGCUGGUAUUUCCUAAACAGCUGAGAAUGGUGGAAUGCCCUCAAGAGUGCUGUGUACUUGGUCAGUCAUGCUGCGAAUUUGAAGAAUCUGGAGACCGCUUUCAGGCGAAGUGCCCAGGCAUGGCCUCCUUCACAGAUGGCUUGAAUGCUGAUCUUCAGUCAAAAUGGGUUUCUUGUCUGUUCAUGGCAUAAGAGGUGUGAGCUUCGAGGAUUUGUGUUUUGUACAUUUUGCUUGUCUGCUAAUGAAAAAUUGUGUGCUUUCUUGUGCCUCGGUUUUGUAUUCAUUGGAAUCAGGUCAGUGUGGUGAUUGAAAAUGUUUUUCUUAUUGGUUCAAAUGUGUUCAGUCCCUCUGACAAUUUAAAGUCUCAAGUGCAAAUUCAUUUUUAUAGUAUAACAUAGCUGUUAUAGGGAAGCUCACUUUAUUAAUUUUGGAGCUGUAUGCAAUUGUGUAUUAACUAUGUGAAAAUUGGUCUUUAGAGAGAAAUGUCAACAUUAUUAAAAUUCAAUUUAAAAUUUAGAGAUAUAAGCUAAGAAGACAAUAAAGAUUCCUUGUCAGAUUAUGAUACAUCACAUGGGAAGAAGAGACCAGAAAAUUGACUCCAGCAGACUAUGCUCUGACUGGGUUAGACAAAGUGAGGCAAUCUUGAAAUCACGAUGGUGGAAAGGUUCCUAUAAACCAUGUAGUGGUAACACAUGAUUGUAGGUACUUCCACAACAGAGCAGCAACAUGUGUUUGCAAAUGUAUUGCAAUAGAAUACUAAUGUGGUACUACCUCCAAGAAUCUUGCUUUAUCUUAACCCUUUUCCGGGCAACCAGUUUUAAUGACACAACCGGGCAGGCGGGUUCAGCGGACCCAGUAAUGUCUGCAAUGGAAUUAUGUUUACAGGUGUACUUUCGGGACAUGGAUAAUUUAAAAGAACACUCCAAUAUAAUUGUUUAAUUUAACAAAACCUUUCAAAAUACUUUUCAUUUAUUUUGUAAACAUUUUUUCUUUAAAUACUAAUUUCGCACACUGUAUGGGGUAUGUUCACCACAGACAGGUUUUGAACAGAUGCUACAUCUCUUUGUUUCCUCCUUUUCCAACGGCACAAAUGACGUCUUUUUUUCAGCAUUGUUACAAAUUUUGCGAGUUGUGAAAGCUGCUUCUUCACUGAUAGUGUGUGGUUUACAGAUGGUACUUCUUAUUCAAUCCUGUUUGAUUGUCUCCUUACAUUUGUGUAUGAACCAAAUCCUUUGCAAUACCAACAUAAAUAAUUAUCUGAUUUCAUAUUUUCUAACAUUCAGUCAGGGUCUGCAACAUAACUGUUGCUGUGCAGUUUUCCUGCAAAACUUGGACCCCACACAACUUCAAAAACUCGUUCUCCUGACUCUUAGUAACCUGCUUCAUACUAAACCUCAUACUAACGCACUGUCUUCAAAGGUGCCGUUCUUACUUCUUAGAAUCGCUCACAUGUUGUGCUAAAUAACAUCCCAUGAAAAGAAGUUGUGCAACCUGACAUCCGUCCGUCCCUUGAUCAUGAAGCAGUUAUCAUGCAUCGACCAAACAACCAGAAAGUGCAGUAUUACACACAGAUUAAGAGACCUGGAUCCAAUUGUCCCCAUUUGCCUGGUUGUGGCUAAAAAAAGAUAAAUAUUUUUUUAUUUAUUAUUCAGUAACACAUUCCUAAAAUGAUUGCGGUCCGAAAAUAAUAAAAAAACAUAAUAGCAAACCGUCACAAAAAAAUUUCCUACCACCUUCGAUAGUUUUUAUGUAAAAUAUUGAAAAUUUUGCUUCAGGAUCCAAUAGACCCCAGUUGCCUGGAUAAGGGUUAAACAGGUUUCUAAUCAGUGUAGUAGUGAUACAUUUUAUAUUCAAUUCAUAUGCCUGAUGGUAGAACAAUAAAAGUUCAGAAAUGUCACCAAGCUAAAUUAUUUGAUUUAUGGGCCAACUCAUGAAGAAUUCCUCAUAUAUCAUAUGUUUAUCUGUACUUUAUUCUUUUAAAUAAAUAUAUUAAAGAGAGAUUUGAAUUUCUCUUCCUCAAUGAACUAAAACAAUUGGACCUGAUUACAAAUAACCUUCAUAUUUAUCAAUAGAGGGAUUUUUGUAGUCUAAUAUAUAGAAAAGUGAACACUUCAGUAAAUGAGAACCACUCAUUUAAUAUCAAAUGUGAGAACGUAUUUGUCUGUUGAAGCAAUGAACUACAGUUGUCUAACUGGGAAUCUAUGUGUGCUGCCAUUUUGUGUGAUCAUUAUACUCAAUAGGAUAAUCUGCUGUUUGAGAAUUUUUGGGCAAUGUUUUACACAUGUGACUUACUAUGCACAUUGAAGGCAAAAUGUAAUAGAAGGAAUCUGCGAACUUGGAAUGAAGAUUUCAGUCUUCCUACUUGAGGAAUUAUCUCUUUAAAAAUGAAUUAUUCCACAUUGCAGUCACUGAUUUGUGGACAGGGAAAACCUGGAAAGCACAUGAGAAUUGAAAUUCAAAAAUUAUACUGAGAAAAAUUCUAGUUUUUAUAUUGAUUUGUUCUGAAUCGUUUGAAACAAUGCCGAAACGAAAGUCACAGUUGACAAAAGAGACAAGUGAUAAGAGAUGGGCAGCCUGUAAAAAUUCUGAACGGCUACUCGGAUGCAAGAGCAACUUGCUAAAGAGCACUUGCACCAUUAAAAAUAACACUGCAAGGAGGGAAACAAAUGUAAAUAAUUCUCUAGAAAGUAGAGCAGCUUUUCAUUAUGAUUAUUUAUCUCUCAAUCAGACAUUUUACUCAGCUCUUAUGCUCAAAUUGGUAAAAUGAAAAAUGUUUCUAUAUUUUGGGUCAACCCUUUUGAACUGUUUUUGUCAAUAUGUGCAAGAGAUUAGUGCAGUGGUAUAUAAUUAAGCAAUGAUCCUUUACACAUUGACUAACCUACGCUGUUGUUUUGCGUAUCAAUUGCUCCCAAUGAAUGAAUUCAUCCUUUCUUUUCUAUAAAAAAUUGUCUAGGCAAAAAAUAAUUUAUCUAAAAAUAUUUGUGUGUAAGCAAAUAAAAAAUUCCGAGAGUCCUUGGUUUCUAUUAUUCAUAUUUCAAGAUUCAUGGUAUCUAGCACUUCAGAUCAAAUAUUGAAGCUAAUAUUGUUUUGUUAAGUGGUUCAGUACAUAGUCAAUUUAUUGUGUACACCUAAUAUGCAUGUUGAUGGAUCAGUAUUGUUCUUAUGAUGCAAUGAUAUGAUGAAUUGAUUUACCUUACGAAUAGAUAGGACUUAAAACAUAAUUUCUCUGACUUCAAAAUAAUUAUAAAAACUGGCAAUUAUGUUUCAGUAGAGAUAUUUUCAUUUACUUUUAUGAUUAUGAUUCAUCAAUUAUGUUAUGGCAUCUUUAUCUAUUACUCUGGAUUCUUCUACUACUGUACCUGUGCGAGAACUCUUGCAUGUUAUUCUCUGCUUAAAACAGGAAGUCCUUUCAAAGUCACAAGAUGGCAGGAGAUAAAUUGUUAAAAACUUUUCUUUAUGAAUGUGAUAGAAGAAAAAAAUCUAACAAAGCGUUAGUUUUACAAUGUAACAAUUCAAU